GGGAGUUUCAGGAAUAACGGGACACUAGCUGUCGAAUCUUUACUCUUAAGUAUUAUGGCGUUUGUGGUCAGAUUUUCGUGUGCGGUAGUUACUAGGUUGCUUUUCAUUCUUAUCUCACUCAUCGGAGUUUGGAGAGUGACAUUGGUUAAAGAUGACAAUAUCUACUGGUUUAUGACAUUCCUCUUUCUACCUCUCGUUGUCGAAAUGAUAAUAACUUUGAAAAGAAGAAAGGGAAAAGAUUAUAAAUGGUUCUCGCCAGCCAUUAUGUUGUUCCUUGUCAGUAUCAUUCCAUCCAUCUGGAUUCUGGAACUACAUCAUCAGCAUCAUAACUCUAGUGACCUCCAGUGCAAGAAACUGGACUCAUGGGAAAAUGUAAGAAGCAUGAUUUCUCCGAACGAAACGGUGGGGAAUUUAACGGUUCAAACCUAUCUAAAGGGUCUUGACCAACUCUUGUCCACGGUUUGUCCCAACGACUGGAUCCUGGCCAUCCAUCAGGUCCUUCUAAUCCUACUCAUCAUAGGGAAGUGGCUCCUCCCACUGGGGGGCGGGGUCACACGGGAGGAGCUCUCCCAGCUCCUGCUCAUCUUCGUUGGCACAGCAGCUGACAUCUUGGAGUUCACCAGUGAAACACUGUCUGAUGUCAAGGAAAACAGCCCUCAGCUGGUGUACAUCAUCUUGGCGGUGUGGACCUGGAGCAUGUUACAGUUCCCUCUCCAUCUGGCCGUGGUGAACUCAAAGCCAGAAAGCGAGGGUGAAGGCCAAGGCGAUUCCCUCCUGACCAAGCACAGCACAGACAUAUGGAGCAUCAUUGAGAGCCUAUUCAUCCAGGAUGGCCCUUUCCUUGUGGUCCGGCUCACCGUCAUGACCUACUUUGAUGUCUUCCACCAGAUGUUGGUGUUCUUUACCAUUAAAAACUUCCUGGUGGUCAUCCUGAACUUCUACCGGCUGGCCGUCAUAUGCCAGAACUACAGACCUGUAGUCAGGUCCAGAAGCAGCAGUAACAUCCCUGAUUGUAGUAGGGUAGAGGUGGAGAGGAAGUAUGGGGAGGGGAGGUUGGAGAGAGGCAAGGUUCCUGCCUCUGCUUUGGAGGAAGUUAAUACAGAAAGUACCAUUACGUAGUGCACUGUUUAUACAAUGCACAAGUUCAAUAUUGGACAGGAUUUGUGAGUUCAAAAGCUGGAAUUAAUUAUCUGACUUGACAUUUCCAUGCGUAAAGAGAAGGAGAGACAGAAACCGUUUAAAAGUCACAAGCAUAUAUUCAAUUUCAGCUCAGCUGAUUUUCUACAGUAUUUAAACUUUUUUGUAAUGUUUUUACCCCUUUGACAAAAAUGACAUGGCUUAGAAGUUUACCCCCAAAGGUAUGUGAAAUAGAAAAAAAAAUGUUAGCAAACAAAGAGUAUGACUGUAAAGGUAGGCAGCCAAAUGUAACUGUCCACAGCUGACAAAAUCUACCCUAUUUUGUUUUCCCUUGGGUUGCUUUUGACGAUGGGAAAAGGUGUGAUUAUGCAGUGGAUUCGGAAAGUAUUCAGACCCCUUCCCUUUUUCCACAUUUUGUUACAUUACAGACUUAUUCUAAAAUUGAUUAAAUAAAAUGUUCGUCAUCAAUCUACACACAAAACCCCAUAGGGACAAAGUGAAAACAGGUUUUUGGGAAAUACCUUAUUGACAUAAGUAUUCAGACCCUUUGCUAUGAGACUCGAAAUUGAGCUCAGGUGCCUCCUGUUUCCAUUGAUCAUCCUUGAGAUGUUUCUACAACAUGAUUGGAGUCCACCUGUGGUAAAUUCAAUUGAUUGGUCAUGAAUUGGAAAGGCACACACCUGUCUAUAUAAGGUCCCACAGUAGACAGUUCAUGUCAGAGAAAAAACCAAGCCAUGAGGUCAAAGGAAUUAUCCAUAGAGCUCAGAGACAGGAUUGUGUCAAGGCACAGAUCUGGGGAAGGGUACCAAAACAUUUCUGCAGCAUUGAAGGUACCCAAGGUACAAUAGCCUUCAUCAUUAUUAAAUGGAAGAAGUUUGGAACCACCAAGACUGAGCAAUCGGGAGGGAGGUGACCAAGAACCCGAUGGUCACUCUGACAGUGUUCCAGAGUUCCUCUGUGGAGAUGGGAGAACCUUCCAGAAGGACAACCAUCUAUGCAGCACUCCCCUAAUCAAGACUUUAUGGUAGUGGCCAGACGGAAGCUACUCCUCAGUAAAAGGGACAUGAUAGCCGCUUGGAGUUUGCCAAAAGGAACCUAAAGGACUCUCAGACCAUGAGAAACAAGAUUCUCUGGUCUGAUGAAACCAUGCCAAGCAUCACGUCUGAAGUAAACCUGGCACCAUCCCUACAGUGAAGCAUGGUGGUGGCUGCAUCAUGCUGUGGGAAUGUUUUUCAGCGUCAGGAACUGGGAGACGAGUCAGGAUCGAGGGAAAGAUGAACAAACAAAGUACAGAGAGAUCCUUGAUGAAAACCUGGUCCAGAGUGCUCAGAACCCAAUUCUGGGUUGAAGGUUCACCUUCCAACAGGACAACAACCCUAAUCACACAGCCAAAACAACACGGGAGUGGCUUCAGGACAAGUCUCUGAAUGUCCUUGAGUGGCCAAGCCAGAGCCAGACAUGAUCCCAAUCAAAUAUCUCUAGAGAAACCUGAAAAUAGCUGUGCAGCGACACUCCUGAUCCAACCUGACAGAGCUUGAGAGGAUCUGCUGAGAAUGGGAGAAACUCCCCAAAUACAGCUGUGCCAAGCUUGUAGCGUCAUACCCAAGAAGACUUUAAUUGCUGCCAAAGGUGCUUCAACAAAGUACUGAGUAAAGGGUCUGACUACUUAUGUAAAUGUGAUAUUUCAGUUUUUUAUUUUUAAUACAUUGGCAAAAAAUGCUAAAAACAUGUUUUGCUUUGUCAUUAUGGGGUAUUGUGUGUAGAUUGAUGAGGGGGAAAAAAACAAUUUAAUCAAUUUUAGAAUAAGGCUGUAACAUAACAAAAUUUGGAAAAAGUCAAGGGGUCUGAAUUCUUUCCGAAUGCGCUGUUUGUUACUGUACUGUAAUACGCCUGGUUGAAUUGAGCUUAGAAUUUCAUAGGGGUGAAAUGGCAGGCAGUUUCAUUUUAUUUUCUUUGUUUAAAUGUAUUCAUAUUCUUUAUUUCCAUGUAGGUAGAUUGUUUUUUGUAUUUUACAUUAUUUCAAUCAUUGAAAAAAAUGUAUUCAGUGUUUUAUUCAGUGAACAUAUUUUAGACUUGACCAUUUGUACUAUCUGGGUAGCCAACAUACAGCAGAUUUGGGAGGUCUUUAUUGUUUGCAUUCAUUUUUAACAAAAGCUGCAAAUCAAUCCAAAGUCAAGACCUUAUCAAUUAAGCCUCAUUGUUUCUGUGUGCUUGUAAGUGUCUAUCCCUAUUCUUCCACAUCGCCUAAGAGCCUGUACGUUAUUUAUGAUGAGGGAUACCUGGAGAAUGUCGGACCUCUCUGAAUAAUGUAUGGCCUAAUAAUUAAAACAUAAACUGGACAGCAAAAUACAUGCCUACUGUUUACACUCAACCCUAGGACAGACCAGAGCAUUAGAUAUGCAGUUUUAGAAACUCGAAACUUUUAGCAAUUUGACAUUUAAUUGAUUACAAAUUACAUGACCCUCCCCCUCCUCUGACUCAAAUUGAGAAAGCAUGACAUCCCCCAUUUUCCUCUGGGUAACAAUGUUGUACAUUUCGACCACUCCCUAAAUGGGGUCACAGCCUGAGUUAUCUUUACAUCACAGAAUGACUGUACUCUCUCUCUAUGGUGUCCUCAGUGAGAACAUUGCAGUCAAACUAGGGGCUCUAUUCAAUGCAUAUCACAGAAGUUCAGCGUUACAGCGUGAUUGAAAUGUAAAGGCAAUGUUCUCGGCAAAGGUUGUAUUUGUCAGCUCAAUUGGAAAUGAUCUUAAAAUGUCGCUCAAUCUGUAACACUUCUGGGUCUGAAGUCCAGAUACUGUAUGAUAAAUGUAACGUUGUAGAUAUCGCUUCACAUUACAUUCAUGUUAACGGUUCUCGUCAGAAUGUAGGUCAAUGUAUAAAUGGCAUUUUAUUCUGGGUGAGGAUGAUUUAUGAAAAACAAACUGAAUAUAUUCAAUAGAAAUACA